GUCACUACUCACUAAUCACUUGUUGUAAUAUACGUUUAUAAUUUACUUAUCAAUUUAUGAAUAAUUGUGAAUUAAAAGUUACACAAUUUCCGUUAACUUACUUAGUAGAGUAUUCAAAUAACCUUUUAAAACAGGUACACAAAUAUAAAUGAAUAUUCUAUUGUGUCGCAACUUCCGUCUAGGUAUCAAUAAAAUAUCCAAUAAAGUAUCCAAGAAAAUGGCCAAGCGUGAUAAGUUUGACAACAUAGUGUGGUUUGAUGGAGAGAUGACUGGCUUAGAUGUAGAUAAACAAACAUUGAUAGAAGCUGCUGCAAUUGUAACAGAUGGACAUUUAAAUAUUAUAUCUGAAAGUGUAAAUAUAGUUAUUCACCAACCUCUUGAAGUUUUGGAAAACAUGGAAGAUUGGCCCAAAAAACAUCAUGCACUGAGUGGUUUAACAGAAAGUUGCAAAAAAAGUACCAUAACUCUUGAGCAAGCUGAUCAAAUGCUAUAUGAUUUUGUUAAGCCGUUAACAAUUAAAGGAAGAUGUGCUUUAGCUGGUAAUUCUAUUUACAUGGACAGAAUGUUUAUUAGAAAGUAUUUACCAAAACUAGAGAGUCAUUUGUCUUAUCGAUUGAUAGAUGUUUCUUCUGUUAAAGAGCUGCUAAAGCGAUGGGAUCCUAAUUCCUUAAAUUCUGCUCCACAGAAGAUGUUGAAACACCGCGCUUUAGAUGAUAUUAAAGAAAGUAUAAAUGAGCUCUUAUACUAUAAAAAAUACUUCAAGCUUUAGUAGCACUACAACUAUCCAAAUUGUAACAAUUUGUUUUUCUUAUUUAUUUUGACCAUCAAAUUGAAUUCCCUCAACUUUUGUAUAACUUAAAUAGUGUGUAAACUAUUGAAACAAUUGCUAAAAUAUUUGGUCGAUUUUCAACUGACAAUAAACUGGUGAAAACCCAUUACAUCAAACUCUUGGUUCUUACUUAUUUUUUAGUUUAUGGCAUGUGUGAUUCCAUAGCCGCUCAUUUAAAAGACAAACUGAUGAAAUUAAAUUCAAGCUUUUAUCUACUAAUACGCUCUCAUACAAUGUUGUCUCAUAAACUCUACUUCUAAUAUAGCAGCUCCUUUUUGCCAAACAAUUGUACAGUUCUUUUUAGUAUCUCUUAAGUUAUAAUUUCUCAGUAAUUACAUUUGAAGGAUACAGGGCAAAAAUUAAAAAGAGUCACUUUUUUUUAAUGCUUUUUAAAAUGCUGUGUGCCAAAACUAAUAAUUACAAAAGUGAAUUUUUGGGGUUUUCUCGUGUGUUUUACAUGAUAAAUUAAUGCCAACAUGUUUUUUCAAUUUAUAAAGAGUUAUACACAGAUUUAUUACAAUUUUUCAUAAUGAUAAUAUAAGUAGUUUUGUGUUAAACUAAUAUUCGUUUAAUAGUUUUCUACAUGUAUAAAUUGUUUACAUAAUAAACCUGUCUUUUUUAUACGACUAUUGACUACAAAUUAUAACAUGAAUGAAUAAAAAAAGCCUUAUGUUUGUAUAACUAUUAAAAAUAUUAGUGACCUAUUUAGUAGCAUCAUAGAUCAAAUAAUAUGUAAUAUUUUUAUUUAACAUACGGUAAUAAUAAAUUACAUUACUUAAAA